AUGACUUCUAUGAAUGAUGCCGCGAGGACUUUGAAACAUACGUCACAAGGGUCAAGAGCAGGAACUAAACAACAAACGAGGGGGUCGGUGAGACCUCACGGAGAAAGUCAGUCUGACGAUAGACACCCAGUACAAAACCAGACAGACAAUCAGUCACGUCAAAGGUCAAAUCAGAACCAAAACCUCAACCAGUCAAGACAAAGAUCUCAACCUGAGCCAUAUAUUAACCAGUCACGACAGAGAACUCAACCUGAACCAAAUAUCAACCAGUCACGGCAGAGGACUCAACCAGAGCCAAACCUUAACCAGUCACGACAGAGAUCUCAACCUGAACCCAACCUCAACCAAUCUAGACAACGAUCUCAACCUGAGCCAAAUCUGAACCAGUCACGACAAAGAACUCAACCUGAACCCAAUCUCAACCAAUCUAGACAACGAUCUCAACCUGAAUCAAAUCUGAACCAGUCACGACAGAGAACUCAACCUGAACCCAACCUCAACCAAUCUAGACAACGAUCUCGAGGAUAUGACGAAGACUAUGAGAACAAUAACAGAUCCAGGCAAAGGAGUCAGCAAGAUCUUAUACAAGCAGAUCCUCGAUCUAGAGAGAGAACACAGGAUGGACAUAGGUCUGUUUUACAAACACAGGACAGAAACCGGUCAGUGAUUCAAAGUCCUGGAGGUUGGAGUAAUAGAGAAGAAAAUGUCCCACAAAGGAACCUGUCUCAGCAAGCUGUCACGCCCAGAUCUCAACGCCCAUCCCAACAAGGCAGAAUCUCGGCCCGGCCAUCUCAGACGGGCGGAUCCAGAAGAUCAUUAGGCCCUACUAGUCAACAGGCUGACAAUGAAUACGACGAAGAGGAAGAAGACGAGGACGAUGUAAGUGAAGAUAAUUCCUUUGUGGAUUAUUACCCAGAAUAUGCACCACCCCCAUCAGCAAAACCAAAAGGACCGAGGGCAGAAACUGCAGACGACUAUGAAACUUGUAGCUGUUUCCCAAGACGAAAAAAUAAAAACAUUCCGUCUAUGCUUUAUGAAAAUAUUACCUGUGUACACACUGGAUUAAAAGGCCAAUCGCAUGCUGGUGUAUUUAGGUUCGAGGAUAACUGGAUUGAAAGAGACGUUCAAACAGCUCCAAAAGAAAAGGGCAAUGAAAAGAAAAACAAAAAGAAAGAAAGGAUAAUAGCUCGACCAAAGAUGAAAUAUGUGUAUGGCUACCCAAAACCAGUCUUACCUGCGUUCUCAGAUGAUGAAGAGGAAGAUGAUCAAGAUGAUGAUGAUUAUGAUGAAGAUAUUAUAUCAGAGGAUGAUGAUAUAGACGCCGUUUCCACUAAAAGUAAGCCUCCGUUGCAUUCAAGAAAUUCCAAAAGCAAAUCUAAUAAGAAAAAGAAACAACAAAAGAAAGACGACAAUGACACAGGGGUAGAGGAAAUGGACGAUGAUGAUUUCGAUGAUGAAGAGGAGGAAGAUGAGCCACAGGAAAUGAUCACGAGAGAGGAGGCGUAUUAUCCAGUAAUGCUGCCUCAGAUUGGUCAUUCCCCACCUCCGUCCCGCGAAAGAUCUCGUCUCUCAGCAAGAUCACAACCUGCGCUGCCUCCGCUACCUGAAAGCCCAUUCAUGACAACACAUAAAGACAAGAAAAAACUUUCCAUUAAACCAACACAGUCUUUCCGUUCAGAGCAGAGGGAACUUCCAGCAACCAGAGAAAGCGGUAGACAUUCUGCUCCAGAUAUCCGAAAGUCACCAUCACCACGAACACAAAAACCCAUUAUGAAAACGAGACGAUUCCAAGGAGUCUAUUUUGAUCCGGUCCGAAAAAGAGCAGUUCCGUAUGACAUUUCAUGGAAUGGGCAUCUGGAACAAAAUGACGGCAGGAUGUCUUCACGCAUGCCAAGUCGCAUGCGGAGCGGAAGCCGUUACAGCAAGGCUGACAUUCCGGAAGAGGAAGAUUACUAUGACGACGAGGGAUACGAAGAAGAUCCGGGGACUACUGGACAUCGUUGAAUUCCAAGAUAUGUGCCAAGAAUUU